AUGGGUGUCCUAUGCGUCACGCAAAAGACUUUAGAGAGCCCAAAGUCUAUACUCCUUGACACCAAUAGCUUAUCUUCUGAUGAAAUGAGCCAUAUCACAGUCUCGGAAGAGUACACGUCCUAUGGACUGAGCGAAAAUGGUUCCGAUUGGAAUAAAGUUCGAAUACGAAAUUCUAAGGAAUGUAUCGAUUAACAUGAAACUCUAGAAAAAGUAAAGUUUUAUAAUUUCUCCUGGAUAAGGGACAGCAAGGGAUUUUUCUAUGGUCGGUAUAAUGAUCAAGACUGAAAGAUUGAUGGAUCAAAGACAAAGCUGGCUGAAAAUCAAAAACUGUAUUACCAUCUACUAAGAGAGAACCCAAACUAAGAUAUAUUGAUCACAUAGUUCCCUAAACACUCGUCUUGGCGUUUCAAAACUGAUGUUUCAGACUGCGGAAUAUAUCUGAUCUUAUCUAUUAGUCACAUCGUUCGGAACAAUAUGAUAUACUAUGCUGCAUUAGGAUCGAAAGAGAAAAAGGUUAUCCAACUAGAACUUAAGCCCAUUAUAAUUACAUUUGAGGCUGAUUUUGAUUAAAUAACCAAUGAGGAUUUUGAUUCGUACUUCCGCACAAACAAUGAUGCUCCUAAUUACCAGGUGAUUGUGAUUAAUGUUAAUGGUCAUGUAGAUGCAAAUUUGACCACCUUAAUACCCGAGCAUGAGAAAGAUGUUUUGGAGCGGGCCAAGUGCAUUGAUGGAGGCUCGCCAUUUCAAUACAGCGAUUUUAAAAAAGCUCAUCCCACAAUUUGGCCUGGAUAUUAG